CAUUGAUAUCAUUUACUUACUCUGGUCAAACAAUCAAAUUUAAGAGGAUCUAUAUAAACUGAAAAUGAAAAACAAAAACUCAAGCUGUAUUAGCACAUGUUAGUAGAGAUGGACGGUGUUCUAGGAUAUAUUUAGUAUGAUUUAUAUGUGGGGUUUUACAUAAUUACUUAUGUAAUAAUUUCACCAAAUUUCUGUCAAGAAGUUGGACAAAAAUGUAAAUAUGUUGAUUUUGAAUUUAAAUCCUGCAAAAAACUAAAGUUUAUGUAAUUGUUAUAACCUGUUAGAAUUUGUAAGAAUAUUUAGAAUUAGAUUAGUUGUUGAUAUUUUCCAGUGUUUCUAAAAUUUAGGCACCAUCAGUUCGACAAAUUAGAUCUAAUUGAAAUGAGUUUUUUUUCAGAGUAAUCUUUGAAAAAUGUUCAGUCUAAACACCCAUAUAAUCAGCGUUUAACUAGUAUCUAGCAACUUUUUAAACAUUGAUAUUAUCUAUUUUGGAAGAUAGUCGGUUUUUGGAAUAAAUAUCCCACUCUAAUAAACCUAUGGAGGUAAGUUUAUGAAGAUUUUAAGAAUUCCUGCACAAAAGAUGAUCUAAUAACCCAAACAGUAAUGGGAAUAAACUGAUAGUAUUGUACCAUACAAAGCUGAGAAGAUAGUUCUUACGUUGACCAGAAUGCAUGAAUGGCUUAGGUUUCAUUGUAUCAUUGACUUCUAAGAAGGGAAAACAAUAUUAUUGGUCAAACAAUCAAAUUUAAGAGGGAUUUAUAAUAGGAACUGAAAAUGGAAAACAAAAACUCAUGCUAUAUUGGUAGCAUAUGUUAAUAGAGAUGGAUGGUGUUUUCAGGAGAUAUUUAGUAUGAUUCUUAAGUUUUCCCAUUUUAAGUUUGUAAUAACUUCACAAAAUUUAGUUUAAGAGUUUGGACAGUGUAAAUAUGUUGAUCCUACAUUUAAAUCCUUCAAAAAACUAAGUAAAUGUAAUUAAAGUGAAGUCUUAGAAUUUGUUAGAAAAUUUAGAAUUAGAUUAUUUGUUGGUGUUAUCUAGGAGUAGAUAUUUUUAUAUCCAUUUGAGUUCGGUUUGGUUUGUGUUUGAUUUUAUCUCUGUUCUAGUAUUUUUGAAUUUUGGUUUGGGUCUGAUUUGAAAAUUUAUGGCUUUUGGAUACCUAUUUUAAAUUAUGUAAGAAAUUCAAAAAUAUAAAUAUAUCUUAAAAGUUUUAAUUUUAAAAAUGAAAUAAUAUAUAAGUAUAAAUUUGAAUAAUAUAUAUAUAUGACAAAAUAAUUAAUCGAUUUAGAUAUUUGGAUGGAGAAUUGAUAGCUAUUUCCGAUUUUUAAAUAUUUUGAGUAUCUUUUUGGCUAUUUGAAUAUUUUUAAUAUUAUCAUGUAUUUUGGAUAAUUCUGAAUAUUUUCCGAUACUUAGCUUUUGGAUAUAAGAUUUAAAAUAAUUAAAAAUUUUAAAUAUAUAAUUGUGAUUCAAGUAUUUUUGGGUAUUCACAAUAUUUUGUUUCGGUAGGGUUUAGUUUCAGUUUUUCAGAUAUCAUUUAAAUUUUAUUCAAGUAUUUUAUAAGUUUCAGUUCGAGUUUAGUACCAUUUUCCGAGUUGGAUUUGAUUUUUCAAGUUGGGCAGUGUGGCAGCAGCUUUCUCCCACAUGGCUAUGUUCCUGGCGACGUUAUGUCAUUUGUAACAGCUUUUCCUUUCCCAGCAACAAGGGACGUCACUGCGGCCGGAAAGCUUUUCUGACGUGUAUGUAUAUGAAAGACUAGUAUUUAUUUUUAUAUUUAUUUUAAUUUUAUUUAUUAUUAAAAGAAUUUAGUUGAUGAUGUUCGCAAAUUGGGAUCGCCAAUUUCUUUAAAACAACAAUGGCGUUUUUGGAGGUUUUAUGACGAAUGGAAACUAAGGAAAAUGAAUACUUUGCAGUUAUUUUCAUGAUUGUAAAGGGAAACAUAGGAGAAUGAAUACUUUGCAGUUAUUUUCGUGUUACUAUCCUUUUUCAUUUAUCAGUGAUUAUAUCUGAUUUUUAUGUUUUUAUAAUUACGGAUGUUUGAUUGAAAACCAAACAAUCUUUAUUGAACAAGGAACCAAAUGGUAACAAAUCGAUUAGCUGUUCAGUUAUUAACUAAUAACUAAAACUAAGCUAACCUCUAGAAUCCAAACGGUUAAUCGAACAUCUCUUUUUCCUCUUACUACCCCACGGUGAAAGCAAACAUAUAUUGUACAUAGCUGCAUCAUCCAUUGCUUCUGUUAUUGACCUUGAACAACUGGCAAUUGCAAGCAUUUCUUUCUCCAUUUCCUGAAAACCAGAUCAUUAUAACAGGAGAAACAAACAAAUUGAGUUUUUAUACUUAAAAAACCAACAGUCUCAAGGCAGAGUUUCCAAGGGCAUCAACAAUUUUCACCUAUUUAGUCACCAAUACCCACACAAUAAGGCAUAACAUACAUAGUCGUUACCUGUGCAUCUGAAAUACGCCGCAGCAUCAGAGUUGGUUGAAUUUCAGCUCUUCUUGACUGAUCAGUAGUGACUUUCCUGUCUUUAUCAUCCUGUAGAAGCUUGUUGAAUUAUGCAUGGAGUCUAACAAAAAAAAAAAUGUAUUGAACGAAAAAAAAGAAGAAGAUCAAAGCUUUAACAGACUAGUCGCACGUCAUUGUUUACCUGUUUCUGAGGAAGAUUCAUGCAUCAGAGCUUGUGUGCUUCUUUGCUUACUGACGAGCAGUUAUCGAUUUGCCUAGUCCUCAUGUAAUUCCAACAGAUGUAGCGGCAUGCAAUCAAUGUCCACAAGAAGUGAGUUUUGUCAACAAAAAAAGUGUAUAGUUUGCGGUUUACCAUAACUACAGUCGACGCCCAAUUCAUCAAAAAGAACGUUGCACUUGUCAUAUGACUCUAUCCCCUUAACUGAUCAAUUAAAAAUAAAAUUGAUUUUAACAACUUAUCUAAUAAACCUGCUGCACAAUGCUAACCGGAAUAAACCGAGGUAAGUAUUGUACGGUGUACCAUCACAAACCUGAGAAGAGUUUGACCAGAAUCCAAUCACUCUCCUCUCCUCCUCCAGAUGUUGAAGCUUCUUCAUAGACCAUCAACUCACAUCUACAAGCUCCAACCUUUCACCUUCAGAUCGUUCUCUCAACCUCAAUCUCCCUCAAAGUCACCACCUUUAUUCCCUUCUUUUUCUUCGAGUCUAGCCUCCGCAAUACUAAAAUGCAGAUCCGCGGAAGAAGCAAUCAAACUCUUCUACACAUCUCAAGGACUCAACCCAUCAAACUCCAACGAUCUCCGAUCUCACUCCGCAUUAAUCCACGUUUUAACCGAAGCUCGGAGGUACACGCACGCAAGGUGUUUGAUAAAAUGCCUCAUAGAAACUCUCAAGCGCCGCCCUUACAGAGUUUUCAACGCCCUUGAGGAUGUUAACAGCUCGAAGUUUAGUAACGGUGUGUUUAGUCUGUUGAUUAUGGAGUUUGUGGAGAUGGGUUUGUUCGAAGAAGCUCUUUUUGUGAGCCGUGAGAUGAGAACAUCUCCUGAUGUGAAAGCUUGUCUCACGGUUUUGAAUGGUUUGGUUAGAAGGAGAAGGUUUGAUUCUGUCUGGGUUGAUUAUGAGUCUAUGGUCUCUCGUGGGUUGGUUCCUGAUGUGUACGUUUACUCUGUUUUGUUCCAAUGCUGUUUCAAGCAAGGCUUGUCCUCCAAGUUAAAGACGCUUCUUGAUGAAAUGACAUCUAAGGAGAUCAAGGCUAAUGUUUAUAUCUAUACUAUAUAUAUCCGUGAUCUGUGGAGGGAGAGUAAGAUGGAGGAAGCGGAGAAAGUGUUUGACUUGAUGAAGAAGAAGCAUAAUGUUGUUCCAAACUUGUUUACUUACAGUGCAAUGAUUGGUGGAUACUGUAAAGCUGGUAAGUUGAGACAGGCUUACACGUUGUAUAAGGAGAUUGUGGUUGCUGAGUUGCUACCAAACGUUGUUGUUUUCGGCGCAUUGGUUGAUGGUUUCUGCAAAGCUAACGAAUUGGUAGCUGCGAGGAGUCUUUUAGUGCAUAUGGUGAAGUUUGGGGUUGAUCCUAAUUUGCACGUUUAUAACUGUUUGAUUCAUGGGGAGUGUAGAUCAGGGAGCUUGUCUGAAGCAAUGAGAUUGUGUUCCGAGAUGGAAAGGUUUAGUCUUUCGCCUGAUGUGUUUACUUAUACUAUACUCAUCAAUGGGCUAUGUAGUAAAGAUCGGUUAACAGAAGGAGAUAGAUUGUUUCAGAAGAUGAAGAGUGAGAGGAUCUUUCCUAGCUCUGUGACUUACAACUCGCUGAUUCAUGGGUAUUGUAGAGAAGACAAUAUGGAAAAGGCCUUGGAGUUGUGCUCAGAGAUGACAGCAAAUGGCGUAGAACCGGACAUUGUAACGUUUUCUACUUUGAUCGAUGGUUACUGCAAGUUGAGAAACAUGAAAGCUGCAAUGGGCUUGUACUCUGAGAUGAGCAUCAAAGGUAUAGUUCCUGAUGUUGUGACGUACACAGCUUUGAUCGAUGGGCAGUUCAAAGAGGCUAACGUGAAGGAAGCGCUAAAGCUGUACAGUGAUAUGUUGGAGGCUGGAGUCCACCCUAAUGAGCACACGUUUGCUUGCCUGGUUGAUGGUUUCUGGAAAGAAGGGAGAGUCUCUGAUGCCAUCGAGUUUUAUCUGAAAAACAAUCAUGCAUGCUGGAAUCAUGUGGGGUUUACAUGUUUGAUUCAAGGGUUAUGUCAGAACGGCUACGUUCUUAGAGCUACCAGGUUGUUCUCAGACAUGAGAUCUGGUGGGAUAACGCCGGACAUGCAGAGCUAUGUAUCAAUGCUAAAAGGUUAUCUUCAAGAAAAGCGUGUUAUUGACACAAUGAUGUUGCAUUGCGACAUGAUCAAAACUGGUGUCUUGCCAAACCUUGUGGUGAAUCAGUUCCUAGCCAUGGUUUACCAAGAGAAUGGAUAUCUAAGACCAGCUUGUUUCUUGACCAACUCUGAAUCCUUUAGAAACUAUCAGCUAAUCUGCAAAGUAAGAUGGAUGAUUCAUGCUUGUAGUAACCACACAAAGACGGUCACUUCUUGCUCUGUCCACUACCAUGCAAAUUGCUGAAGUAUCCUUGAGGGUUACUCUCAAAUCCACCUCUUGAGAUGUAAGCACCACCUUUUGAACCCGGUGCAACCAUAUAACCUCCGCCGCCUCCGCUCUUUCCUCCACCGCUGCUGCUACCACCACUGCUCUUUCCUCCACCGCCUCCGCUCUUUCCUCCACUGCUGCUGCCACUUUUUCCACUCAUAUUUCAAAUGUGAUUUUGUUCAAGAACUUAGAGAUUUGAGACUGUGUAAGGUAGUGGGUUUGAGCAUUGGCUAUUUAUAGUGAUAUAGAGCGGGUUCAAAGCGUUGGUCAAAGGAAAAUGAUCCUUCCCAAGAUUAUUGUAGUAACUACGUUGUUUAAAACAUCAAAUGAUUCAUACCACCUCGUGAAAGUAAUUGGUAUCAAAUUACAUUUACGAAGUGGUUACCAUUUAUCAACGGGUUGAAUGAAUCUAACGGCUCUUUGAAUUCGUUUUCAAUACUCUUUCAGGCUUUAUAGCAUAGAGCCCAUAUAAGUAUUGUGCCUAACUAGUUUUGUAGUUGCCCAUUGUCGAGCUAUAUCUGAUUGUUGUUUCUUCCGACGAUUAACAUAUAUGAAUGUAAUUGGUUGGAGAGUAACCCCAAGUUAAAAGCAUAAAAGAGUUACUAUAAAUUGGUUGAUUAAAUUAAAGUAUCAUUAAAUAAAACUAGUUCAGCCGAUAAAAAAAUACAAAAUAUAUUUUGUAGUUUGGUUAUAAAUUUCAAAUAACAUAAAAUUAUUAUAUAAUAAUAGUAAUAUGUAAAUAUCUUUCGAGAAACACAUCCACUAAAACACACUAUACACAUCAUCAUGCACGCAUUAAACAUAUAUUUACAUGUACAGAACUAUACAAUUAGAUUCUUUCAAAAAACAUUCCUAAUGAAAAUGAUUAUAGUCAUGUUAUUUGCUUACACGUACCAAUUUACCAAUAUCUAAAUAUAUUUUUGAAACUUCCGUAAGAAAACUUUAAGUUGAGGAUGAAAAUUUGGAAUUAUAUGCUUGAUGUGCGACAUGUAUAGUCAGCCAAUAAAGUUGUAAAUAAUUAUAAUAUAACUAUUUUGCUUAGUUAAUUAGUACAUAAUUAUUUAUUUAUAGAUUAUUUACAAAAUUUUAAAUUAACUAGAGCUUAUAAUUUAUUAUGUGUGCCACCAUAAUUCAUUUUUUUGUAAAUGCAGUUGCAGAUAAUCUACUAAAUCAAUAAUUGUAACCAAAACGAAAAUAGUUAAAGAAUACUAACCAAUCAUUCGUGGACGAUGGUGCAAUUUUCAUGUGAAGAAUGGGAUAAGAAGACCGGGAGCUUGCGGUCAAGUGGUAAGGAGUAGAACUUGGGAUACCACAUUUCAAGUUUGAUCUAUCUGCUAUGCGAAACUAAAUUAUAUUUUAUUGGUUAUCUUACACGGAUAUGGGCUACUGCAUUUUAACCCAUUUGAAUAUUCGGAAAAAGGUCUAUCCGUAAACUGCACCUCUCACUUGGAGAUUAGGUCUGUGCCUUUAAUAGAUUCGGAUUUAACUCUUUUCAAUUAAAAAAGAAAAAAUGAGAUAAGAAAAUGUAGAGAUAUUGGAAAGAAGCGAACGACGAUGCAAGUGCAAGAGAGCCAUGGCACGAAUAGGGUCAAAUGAGUCAUGAUUUGGUCUUGCAAAUUGCAUUGCUUUGCGCCUCUUUGUAAGAUCAUAGAGGCAUUUUUACUAUUCAUUAUAAAAAAAAAAAAGGAAAAUGAUUGAUGGAUGAGUGGGUCAAAAAGCCAUUUACAAAAAACAAAAACAAAAAACAAAACUCUAAGAAAAUAUUAUUUUCUUUUUUUUCUUUACUGGGAAUUAGUAAGCGAAUUAAGAUAUCAAAUCUUGUUUCUAAGGGUUAACAUUUACAUAACAUAUAAUCUAAAGUAAAUGUAAUAUAUUUUUCAAUAAAAAAGAAAAGUAAAUGUAAUAUUGACAUGAGGAGCUGAAAAGUAUGUAUUAAAUUAUCAGGGUUAGCAUUGUGCCGUAAUGGUAGUCUUCCAUUUUGGCACAUAAAUACCAUUGUGCCGUAAUGGUAAUCAUACUUUUUGCAUGAUUAUCAAAGAUUCCACUUUGUUUUAAGACAAAAGUUGUCUGGUUACAGUUCUAAUUAUCUGUUUCACCUCUUGAUCUUUAGCUCUCAUCUAAAUUGUUUAUGGACCACACAGACAAACUUUACUUGGAACGUCUUUUUCGUUGGAGUUUUCUCAAUCAUUAUUUUGAUUUUUUAUUUAUUUAUUCUACAAUAGUACUGGAAAGAAAGAAAGUUGUGGUCGGUUCGAAUCCAACGAAAGAUACCACCACCUUCAUGCCAUAUAAAGUUCGAAACACUAUGGUUGAAUCAUAAAGAAGAUCAUGCAUGAUGAAAACCACAAAAGAGUAAAAGGAUUACAGCUGUAACUUCUGCUACUUGGAUUCAACUUACGGUUGGGAGAAACUAUUUACAAUGUUUGGAUUCCCGGUAAAAAAAGUGAAAACAUAUUUUUUUGCACAAAAAAAAAUCAAAAAAGAGUAUGAUUGAUGAUUAUAAUGGACUUAAACUUUUAACGGAAAAAAGAAGACUAUAAUGAUUGUUACAUUGAAAUAACAUACGAUAAACAAAACAAGCUUUAUUAUAAAAACAUGUGUCCGCGAGGUUACCAUGCAUGAUUCUCAAUAUGAGAGAAACCCUAACUUGAUAAGAUAACGUCCCUUAUUGUAUAUUAUACAAACCCUAAACUUGGGACUAACAACCAUGAUCUUGGACAUAUACUAAACAAUCCAUAUAA